AUGGCGCACGAUAACCCAUCCAUCGCGCUCAGCCCUAAUGCUCCCGCGUUCUCUCCAAGCUCUGGUCCCUCACAGCAGGCCUUUAAUCAGCAUCAAUUGGUUUUUCAGAUGGUUCCGCAACCGUAUAUAUAUAGAGGCACAUGGUACUAUACUGUCCCGCCGCAGAUACUACCGGAACCACCAUCUCAGCCACCUCUAUCACAACCACUGCCAUCACAUCCUCUACCACCGCAGCCACCAUCGCAAGCCUAUAAUGGUCACAGUAGUAGCAGUAGCAGCAGCAGCAAUCACGGCAACGGUAGCGGUAGAGGUUAUAGUAGCAACAGUUACAGCAACAGCUACAAUAGCCCCAGCCAAACCGCCUCCACCACUCCUCAUAACAACCUUUACUCCCCCUUCCCCAAUGCCAACGCUGCUACCCCCUUUCCCAAUGCUCAAACCAUUGCCCUCUCCUCCAAUGACUACCACUACUUCCACUUCAACAACAACUAUAACUACAUGAACAGCCAUUACAACAACAAUUUUCCCGCGUCUAACCCGUAUCCCGCCAACUCCUCAAACCCAAGCCCCUUCCCCGCUUUCUGCAAUCAGAUAAACCAGGUCGAGGGCAUCCAAAAUGGCUUUCGUGACCAAUUCAAUGCCACCAAUGGACACGGCGGUAUCUGGGGGGUACAACAGAAGGGCAAGGGCAAAAAGAGCAAGAGAAACAAGAGGAAGAAGCAUGGCAAGGGCAAGGGCAAGAAUAAGGAUGAAGUGGAUGGGGAUGAGCUUGACGGCGACAAGAUCAAUGGAGAUGGCGCCGCUGGGAAUGAUGCCAAUGGAGAUGAUGCCAAUGGAGAUGAUGCCAAUGGAGAUGAUGCCAAUGGAGAUGAUGCCAAUGGAGAUGACGCAAACGGUGGUGAGGGCAAUGGCGGCGAGGCCAAUGGUGAUGGUACUCGUGACGGUGAUACGCCUAACGAAUAUGAAUGGAAAUUUUGA